AUGGAAGCUAUCGCAAAUCAACUUAAUUUAGAUUUUGAGUUCUUUCCCGCUGUUUCAAAAUAUGACAGAAAAGAACUUGAUAAAUUUAAUUCUGGUCAACUUUUAACUUCUAUGAAAGCAUGCUAUGUUAGUCAUUACAAAGUAUACCAAUCAAUUAUAAGGAAUGGCUAUGGUAAUGCCUUAAUUUUAGAAGAUGACGUAGAUAUCGAAAUGAAUAUCGUGAAUAUAAUGACUGAUAUCCUACUUGUUUUACCUGCCGAUUGGGAAAUGUUAUACCUUGGCCAUUGUGGUUUUGAAAUGUAUGGUGAAGGUGUAGGUGGUUCUGAUAAACACAAAAUUUACCAGUCUAUCACACCAGGAUGUACUCACGCUUAUGCCGUUUCAUAUAUUGGUGCUAAUAAGUUAUUAAAUGAGCUUGUUAACCCACAAACGGCAAUUGAUUUGGAAAUCAUUGAAAAAAUUCAACGAGGAGUUAUCAUCUCUUAUAGUUUUCAACCACAGGUUAUUGUACAGUGGAGGUCUAAAGAUAAUCCAUCAGACGUCUCAUCUGGUACACCUGAACAUUCUUAUCCUUUGGAAAAUUCUACAUUACAUUUUCUCGGAUUUCCCUGGAGUUUCAAAAGUGCCUGA